AAGUGAACGCAAGCUUGGACCCACAGCUUUAUGUUGCUCCUUUAAAAAAAAACUGCAUAAAAAGGGAAUUGAUAUAUAGACACUUUUUGACGUCAUGUUUUAUAAUAACAAAUAAUAGCAGGUGCUCGAUUAUAAUCUUCAUAUUCAACUGUUACAUUUAGGUGGCGCUAUGCUCCUCUAUCCCUCCGUCUCUUCCCCAUCCAACAUGGCGUCGUCCGGGGCGGCUGCUCCGCAUCAUCACUGGGCGGGACCGCGGUGGGUCGAGCUUCGCGCUGCCGGGGGUCAGGUUUCUCUUGUCUCCGUCACUCGGCAUUUAAAUUGGGCUGCAGGAUAUCAGCUGCUGCCCCACUCAGUUCUGCGCCGUGGCAGAAAAUAACGCGUAGCGCUAGCUGAAACAGUUCGCUUUUAGUUUUUGGCUCGGAAGCUGCAGAAAUACUUGCGAACCCUCGAGGUUCGGGUGGUUUUGUAGGAGCAGGAGAGGCUGAACAAUAACGUUGGAUGCGCAUUGACAGCUGCUCGGUGCAUCACUUCUGGGACUGUUGACGACUGGGUCAUACGGAAUAGCGGUAACGGUGCGCUGUCUGAGCAGAAUAACUGCGCUUUUCUCAAGCGGGUUUGUUUACUGAUGCAGAUUAGUAAACAAAAACAAACAGAUUCAAAGCAGUGCUGGGUAGCGUUAAUGGCCUGGAGCUGGAAGAACCAAUGAGCCCGAUUAGGGAGUGCGUUUGAAUCUAUAUUAAUAGUUAUUGCUAUUUGAUUGAUAUUAGUAGUGGAAAUAAGCCCAUAAUAAAAUAACCUCCAAAUUAUAUAAUCAAGAUUUAUUUGUAACAUAAGUUUGGCCAACUUAGUUUCUAUAAAAAAAGCAAAACUAUUUUAGACCUUAGCUUCUGGCAAUGUUUCAGCUUACAUACAGAAAUAUCUCACUUUAUGCCUAAUUUCUUGAGGUUGUAUCAACAUUUCUGAACUUUCUGCUCAGUAAAAAGCCGAACGAGCUGACCUGUGUCACGCUGAUCUCGAUAUUGUUUUUAUUUUUGACAUUUUUCCACCUAAAGUUGGUGAACUAGUCCAACAGUGGGUAAACUUCAGCAAUGUUCAGCUGGCUUGGAACCGAUGACCGGAGGAAGAAGGAGCCAGAAGUCUUUCAGACGGUCAGCGAUGGACUGAAAAAACUCUACAAAACCAAACUACUGCCACUGGAGGAGGCCUACAAGUUCCAUGAGUUUCACUCUCCGGCCCUGGAGGAUGCUGACUUUGACAACAAGCCAAUGGUCUUACUUGUGGGGCAGUACUCCACUGGAAAGACGAGCUUCAUACGCUACCUGCUGGAGCAGGAUUUUCCUGGAAUGCGGAUUGGCCCAGAGCCCACCACGGAUUCUUUCAUCGCAGUGAUGCACGGCGACACCGAAGGAGUCAUCCCUGGGAACGCUUUGGUUGUCGACCCCAAGAAACCCUUCAGAAAGUUGAACGCGUUUGGAAACGCUUUCCUGAACAGGUUCGUGUGCGCCCAGCUACCUAACCCUGUGCUGGAAAGCAUUAGUGUGAUCGACACGCCAGGAAUUCUGUCUGGAGAAAAACAGAGAAUAAGUCGGGGCUAUGACUUUGCUGCUGUCCUCGAGUGGUUUGCAGAGCGUGUGGACAGGAUCAUAUUACUGUUCGAUGCCCACAAGCUGGACAUCUCUGACGAGUUCUCGGACGUGAUAAAGGCCUUAAAGAACCAUGAAGACAAGAUCAGAGUUGUGCUGAACAAGGCAGACCAGAUCGAGACCCAGCAGUUGAUGAGAGUGUACGGUGCCCUGAUGUGGUCCCUGGGCAAGAUAGUCAAUACCCCUGAGGUGAUCCGUGUCUAUAUCGGCUCAUUUUGGUCUCACCCGCUGCUGAUCCCUGACAACAGGAAGCUGUUUGAAGCAGAGGAGCAGGACUUAUUUAAGGAUAUUCAGUCUUUACCCCGAAAUGCAGCACUUAGAAAACUCAACGAUUUGAUCAAGAGAGCGAGACUAGCCAAGGUCCAUGCCUACAUCAUCAGCUCUCUGAAGAAAGAGAUGCCUUCUGUUUUUGGGAGGGAGAACAAGAAGAAAGAGCUGAUUGCGAGUCUGGGAGAUAUUUACAAGUGCAUCGAGAGAGAACAUCAGAUAUCGCCUGGAGAUUUUCCUAACCUGAAGAAGAUGCAGGACCAGCUCCAAGCUCAGGACCUCAACAAGUUCCACCCUCUCAAACCCAAACUUCUGGAGGCUGUCGAUGACAUGUUGGCCAAUGACAUUGCUAGCUUGAUGGUCUUGGUUCGCCAAGAAGAAACCCGAAAGCCCAACCCAGUGGUGAAGGGCGGCGCAUUCGACGGCACUGUGGACGGUCCAUUUGGGCAUGGAUACGGGGAGGGAGCCGGCGAAGGAAUCGAUGAAGCCGAGUGGGUGGUCGCCCGCGACAAACCUGUAUACGAUGAGAUUUUCUACACCCUCUCUCCCGUCAAUGGAAAGGUGACUGGGGCCAAUGCAAAGAAGGAGAUGGUGAAGUCGAAACUGCCCAAUACAGUGCUGGGAAAGAUCUGGAAGCUGGCAGAUAUCGAUAAGGAUGGGAUGCUUGAUGAUGAGGAGUUUGCGUUGGCUAAUCACCUGAUUAAGGUGAAACUGGAAGGACAUGAGCUGCCCUCGGAGCUGCCCGCACACCUGGUGCCUCCUUCCAAGAGGAAAAUAGUCGAGUAAAUAGAAGAUUAGAUUCAUCCUCCAAGAAAACAUACUAGAGGACUUCCACAUAAAAAUCUGAGAUCUCCGUCAUCCAGUCCUGUUGUUUCUGUCAUUUCAAAGUCUGAAGUCUUCAUUCAAAGCAUUACAAGUUCCAUCAAAUGAAAACUGAUUAAUAUUAACAAAUUAUUAGCAAAUUCUAUUUAAUAUUUGUCAAACAUGUUGUCAAACAAUAUGACAAAAUUGGGCACCCCAGAAAGCAUUUAUUAGAUCUUUACAAAACAUCUAAAACAGAUAGUAGGAUAGAGUAGAUGUUAAAUCCAUAAGUACAGUUAAUAGGUAAUGAAUAAAAAAUAAGUACUGGAAUACAGAAAAUAUAACAUGGAGAAAAAUGCCAAUUUUUCCUUUACUUAGCAAUAUUAGAUCAAACUGAAGUACAGCAUUUCACACGCAGUCCUUGUUCUGUCAGGUCCUGUGUUAUUUUUAGUUCUGCAGACAUGAAUGAAUUGUCUGGUCUUAGUUUAAAGCUGACAUAAAUAAUUAAGAAGGUUUAGUGGAAGGCAGAGGAAGACCCGAAGGCAACAAUGGCCCAAAUGAAUCAAGUUCUAUUUAAUGCUACAAUUUACUGAAGCCCCCUGGAUCAGCCAUUUUUUAAAUUGAAUUAGGAAAAUAUGGAUUAGAGCAAACCCAUUAAGGUAUUUUUUGUGAUUUAUAACCCAUUCUGAAUCUCAUUAACAUGUUCUGAUACUGUGACAAUAACAAUCUAUGUUUUGUUUGAAUGUUGAAUUUCUCUGUAGAUUUGUCUUGGUCGUUGUAUGUAUGUAUCUAUAUGAACACAUGUAUCAGUGUUAACAUUUGUAUAUUCAUUUAUUAUCUCACAAGCUACUGAGUUGGGAAUUUUCCAGUGGAUUAUUCUGAAAAUGGUCCAAAAACAGCCUAAAUGAACCAGUGUUUGCUAAUUCUGUUCAAACCAUAAUUCAACCCGUUUUUAACGUUGCUCACGCUGGUAGACCUUACUUUCUGUGUCAUGUAUUUAACUGAGAGAAACAUAAAGAAUAUACUUAACAGUGUUUCUGACUUUAGCAUUGCCAAUGUUUAUUGCUUUUCAUAGGUUCUGAUUGGUCCAUUUUGUGAUGAAACAACCAUGUUAGAUCCAAUUCUAAUUUAGCCUGAAAAUCCUUAAAAGUUGUAUUAGGAGUAAAGGUGUCAUCAUAAUAACUAAAGGUAAGUCUCGACACUUUCUAAUGUUGUUUCUUUCACAUUUCUCUGUUUCUGUUGUGAACUUAAUAAGUUAAGCCCAAAAUUGUUCAUACCCCUUGCAGAUUUGGAUUGAAAAUUAUUUUUAUUUAAUUAAGAACUUUGCUUCUGAUUGGAAUUAAGACCAAAAUCUCUCAAAGAUGAUGAAACUGUCGGUUUUGAAGGGAAAAAAAUCUGUUUUAAUCAGCAUUUUAAUAAAUAAAAUAGCGUGUCAAGAUAUUUCCACCAUUUUCAAUUAAUGGAUAAAUCCUUAUGACACCCAUAAAACCCUUAUAAUUGUUCACCAGGUUUUUGCAGGUUUCCACUGGUAUUUUCAUAAUUAUCUCUGAUGAUGCGGUCCAAGGCUUUGAGUUCAGAAGGCCUCCUUGCCAUCACCCUAAUCUCUAGCUUCCUCCCCAGAUUCUUUAUCAAAUUGAAGUUUAGACUCUGACUAUGGCACUUCAGAAGAAAAAGUUGAUAAAAUUAAAAGAAAACCUAAAUCUGCCUGGGCACAGAGGUGUAAACAAGUAUAGGCUGAACUGUACUUACAGAGGCUAACUGCAUUCCUUCUCGUUGGAAAAGGUUUGGAAAAGAGACCUUAUGGCUACACCUUUUUUUUUUUUACUUUUUUGUACUCUUGUUUCUUAUUCUAUCAUGAUCAUGCUGCCCAGAAAACAGCAAAAAGAAAAAAACGUUUGUGCCACAAUAAAUAUAUGAGUGCUCUGUAUUGAUCUAUUAGUGUCUGGCUUUGUGAAAAACUCUAACUACAUCAUUUAAAGUAGUUUCAGAUAGUUAUUUUUUGUUCCUCAUCUUCUUUUCCUGGGUUUCUCCUGAAAUGCAUUUGAAAAUAAUCAACAGCAUGCUGUACUCGUUACCCACCUGUAUUUCAUGAGUUGGUUAAUUUAAAAGUGGAAAAUAUGUUUGUUGAAUGUGGAAUGGAAAAACUAUGCUGCUAAGUGGUUUUCACGCCUUCACAGAUUGCAACAUGAAAUUAGUGGCAACACUGGUGUUUCAGUGUGUUUUCUGAUUCUCUGAUGGUGAUGCAUUGCCUAAAUGUGUACCUCACUGCUUUUCUGUCUUCAGAAAACGAUCAAACAUGGAAUAAAUAUAUUCUGCUGAA